CACCCUUGGUUCUCAACGCGCAACGCCAGACUCAUCUACCGCAGCCAAGAUGGACGAUCACAGCCUAAAAUGGAGGGGUUUCAAAGUGCAUGAGCUACAGGAGAAGCUGGCUGAGCGUGGUUUGCCUAAGAGCGGUAUUAAAUCUGAUCUGAUUGCGCGUCUCGAGAAGUACGAAGAACAGUACAGUCCGAAGCCUACACCUCCUGUAUCUCCACCUCCACCUCCCGAAAUACCAUAUGCUCGAGACAGUCAUCGUCCAGCAGAGAACGGUCGGAGCGGGCAUCGACGCGAUCAAUCUCUGAAUAAUCGUAGCGCAAGUCCGUUUGCUCGGUCUCGCAUUUCCGGUGGUGCUCGCACGUAUGAGAGACAAAUUCGACGAGAACGAGGUCGCGAGCGAAGCCGAACGCCGUCACGGUCCUCAUCAUUCUCAAGCCGUAGACGCCAAUCUCGUAACGAUCACUAUUCCCCAAGGGAGAUCACCUCUCCCGCUGAGAACAAUCCGACAGAAGCCGAACUUGAAGCUAUCUGCUGGGAUAACUUCAACAAGCCUAAGGGUGACCGGAAAGUACUUCAGCGUCGAGCAACUAUCGAGGCCGAAUUCGAUGGUAAAACUAGUGAAUUUAAGAUCAAGAAGGAAGCAGACAUUGAAAGACUUGAGAAGAAAUAUCGAAAGGAUAUAUCCGCGUUCGUGCAGGAGAGGGACGAGAAACUUGAUGCAUUGGAGAAAGAUGAGCUCCUUUUCAGUGAGAAAGAUAAAAGAUGGGUCUCUGCCUUUAGAAAAUUGAAGAAUCUUCGAGCAGCCAGAGGUCUUGCAACUUGGCCCAACGACUUCGACCCUGAUCGCAGAGGUCAUCACCGCCCACCCCUUCCAGGCUCCAUCAACUCCGAGUCUGCUGCCAGUACCAUUCAUUCUCAUGGAUUCCCAGCAGUCAGUACUCUCAAACGUAAGGCAAGCGAAUCCAUGACGGCCUCCCCGACCCUAGAAACUCCAAACAAGCGUCUCCAUGACGAGAAGGAUUACAUCCACACCAAGUCGGGCCCGAUCCCCAUUCGUCCACUCUCUGAUUCCAAUAUCGAGAAUACGCCCAUCAUCUCAACACUCAGCUCAUCAACUCCAUUCAUCUUCCUCCCCGAGUCAAGUUGCAAAGUCAAAGGAGAGAAUAUUGAGCACAUGAGGACUAUGAUAAAUAAAAGAGGUUAUGACUACGAGGCCGUGCGGGCAGAUGAUACCGGAUACUUUAUUCCCUUUGAGGAGUCGGAGAAGGGGAAGAAUGAUGCGAAGACGUUUCACAACUGGUAUGAUAAGGAGUUGUUCAAGGGCAAGGUCAUGCACUUGCAGAUCUAUAAUUAUGAGUGAUUGAGGAGUUGCAUUAUUGUUUGGUAGUGAUGGAGUGCUGUGG